AUGAACGAGGUCAAUGAUAGAGCGGUGCUUCCCUGCUUCCCUGCUGCUGGCUGUGGCGUCACGCAGCUGCGUCCUAUAAAAGCAGCAGAGGAUCGCUGCCACGGUAUCAGAAGCUCGUCUCAAACUGUCCGAGAAUCUGCAGACUACAACAAGAUGAAGGCCUACCUGCUGGUUAUCCUGCUUAUCGGCGCUGCAGCUUGCAUGGCUAGUGCGGCGACCACCGGCUGCUCGUGCCCACAGUGCAUCAUCUUCGACCCCAUCUGCGCCAGCAGCUACAAGAACGGCCGUCGCGGCUUCAGCAGCGGCUGCCACAUGCGCUGCUACAACCGAUGCUAUGGCACGGAUUACUACCAGAUCAGUAAGGGGAGCAAGUGCAUUUGAAGCGACUCUAUAGAGUGCUGUGGAGAGUCAACCAAAGAACACUAUUUAUUAUUUUGAAAUAUUUUUAAAUGUUAAUAAACAGUUUAUUUUAAAAAAUU